UCCAAGAAAUGAAAUAACAGUCAUUUAAGAAAAAAGAGAAAGCUUGUGAGUGAGAUGGCUUCCACAACGCCGGCCAAGCUUGGAGAAACGAUCCGCUUUUUAGAAAACGUUGGAAUGCAUCAAGAUUCUAUUGAUUUGUUAAUGCUUGCUUCAUCACAACAUUCAAUGAUUGUACGAUUCAAAAAUCUAGUGGAAGAUGCUUCUCAAAAAACCUUCAUAUGUAAGGUAGAAAUCGGUGGUUUGUUAGAUGAAUGUAUAGGUUAUGGGCAGUCGAAGAGAGAGGCGAAGAUCAAUGCUGCCGACGACGCCAUCGCGAAGUUGACUGAUUAUGUGAAGGUCCCAAAACCAAGGGAAGGAACUCCACAGGAGGAACCUUCUUCAUCGAGAAGACAUGAAACAGAUGUUACGACAUCUAUGAAUGAAUCCCCAAGCUACAGAUCCAGUUAUCCCAGGUCACUAUCAUUGCCUGAGAAUACCAACAAUCUUUCAUUGGCCCAUAAUUCAGUCGGAGAGCUGCAAGAGCUUGCUAUGCAACGAGGAUGGCCAGCUCCUGAAUAUAAAGAGAUUGACGAAUAUGGGGAACCACAUCGCAUGACUUUUUUAAUAGAAUGCAAGUUAAAACAUAAUGUGUGUGAAGGUCGAGGAAGCUCUAAAAAGACAGCAAAGAAACAAGCAGCUGAAAAAAUGUUAAAAAUGGUUCAACCAAGUGUUAGUUCUGGUCCUUUUAUUUCCAGAAAUCUCAGUACACCAGGUUUAGAGCAGCGAGAUUCUCCUCGUGCUAGCGUCUCUACAGCAGCCAUUAUGAGGACACGUGGGAAAGAGCCCCCUAUCUCAUCUAUUCCAUUAGAAAAAAUGAAGAUAAGCUCAUCUGAAACAAAUCGACGACCACAAAAUUUCUAUUGCAACAAACUUAGCAAGGAGGCCAAGAAAAAUAGCUGGAACAUUGAAUGGAAGGACCUUGGAGAAAAGGGAUAUAAUGGAAACUAUCAGUGUUUUGUCCAAAUCUCCACUGAUCCUAUGACUGUAUGCUGUGGCUCUGGGCCUACUCUCUCAUCUGCACACGAUGACGCGGCCAUGAAUGCUCUGAAUUGCUUGAAAGAAUAGGCUUUGAUGAAGUUUUUUUGUUAUAUCAAGCAGAUUCUUGUCAUGGAUUUGUGUUGGAGAACAUGGUGCAUAUUGGUCUAGCUUGGGUACAAACAUUUCGUACACCGAUGUCUUUGUAUUCAGCGGUGAAUAAUGCAUUCUGGUCUAGAGGUACAAAAAUAUUUUGUUCGCCAUGUUUUUGUGUUCCGCGGUGAUGCAUUCUGGUCUAAGUACAAAAAUAUUUUCACCAUAUUUUUGUGUUCAGCGGAACGUGAUGCAUUCUGGUCUAGCUUAGGUACAAAAAUAUUUGUUCACCAUGUUUUUGUGUUCAUCGGGACGUGACGCAUUCUGGUCUAGCUUGAGUAUAAACAUGUUUUGUUUAUCACACGCUAUAUGGGAGUUAACUCGGAAUAGCGAUGGUGCAUUUCUGGUCUAGCUUGGGACCAACAUAUUUUAUUCAGGGCAUCAUGCCUUACAUUGAUGUUCUCAAAAGCUAGACCCUGGUCGGGAUAGGGAGCAGUGUGCAUGCAUUCUAUAACUUAAAGAAAGUCGGGUGGCAGUUUACCUAAGUUGGACCACGUUGCAAUUGUUUUGUUUUUGUUUUUUUUUCCUUUUUUUGUUUUUUUGUUUUUAUUAUUAUUUUAUUUUUAUUAUUAUUUUAUUUUUUAUGAAUUUUUUUAAAUUUUACUGAAACCGCCUUGAUUAACUGGUCGUACGUGCUUGCAUUGUGUAAGUUUAUGAUCAUGACAAUAAUAAUAAUAAAUAAUCUUUAUUGAGGUUAUCGCUGUCACCAUAAGG